AUGGAAGAAACAAACUCAAUAGUUGCCUCUAUUCACAGCGAUUCCUGCGCAGACGAACCUUCUCCACCAUUCUCCGCCGGCGGCAUAACUGAUCAACAACCAGCAUUGAAUGACAUUGCAAAUAGCAUAAAGAGAAUUGAGGACGCAAUACAUGGGCUUACUCAACAAAUACUAGAAUUAAACAAGAACGAGAUCCAACAACUAGAAGGUGAUGAUACUGUCGGCAACCGUGCUACAAGCCUCCGUGCUGACAAUGGUAUUCAUAAACUGAAUUCUCAAUUAGCAACGCCGUUAUCAACCACACCACAACCCAAGUUACAGAGUCAGGCUAAGCGAAGUUCUUUGACGCCUUUACAUCGGAUUAGCGUUGGGGGAUAUGAGCAGAGAUCUGGGUAUUCAUUAGCAGAGUCGAGAGAACAGCAGCGCCAACCACCAAUUCCUCCUCAAUUAUCGUAUUCACUGUCACCAGAUGAUGAAAAGAGAGAGAGUGUGAAUAGUGUGAACAGUAUGAAUAGUAUGAACAGUUUGGAAAGUGUGAACAGUUUGAAUAGUAUAAAUAGCGCGAACAGCCCGAAAAGUGGGAAUGGUGCUGGCAGCAUUAACAAUACAUCUAUUCCUGAGCAUUCAGCAGACGAUAUGCCAAACCUGUUUGAGAGUAUGCGGCUUAAACCCGAGCUUCUUUGUUCGAUAUUGGCCUUAGGGCUUGAUCGCCCUACCUCAAUCCAGCAAUGUAGUAUUCCGUUAAUUAUCAAAGGUGAUGAUAUAAUCGCUCAAGCAAUGCCUAGUCAAGAAAGAACGAGAACUUUUGCGAUUCCUACACUACAUCACAUUGAUCCGUACAACAAACAAACGCAGGCUUUGGUUCUGUCAUCGGUCAAAGAGUCUGCUGGACAUGUCUUUCGAACAUUUAGUAGUCUAAUUAAUGGAAUGAUGACGCCGCUUGACCACAUGUUGUGUGUAAACGGCACUAAUAUAAACGAUGACGUAAAGAAGGUUCAAAAAAUGCCUCAUAUAAUCAUCGGUACUCCAGACCGAGUGCUAGACCUGGUUAAUUUGGGUGCCGUCAGUUUGUCACAAUUAAAACUACUUGUACUCGAGGAUGCUGAUAAUCAGAUAUUACCCGCACAUAAAAGCCAAUUGAUAGAGUUGCGUCAAAAAGUUCCAAUUACUACUAGCGUUCAAACAUUGAUUUUUGCUGCAAACGUUACUCCCGACAUUGUGAAUUUAACAGAGAUAUUUGCGAUGCGUGAGCCGGUGAGGAUAUUAGUCAAAAAACAAGAUCAGGUGGUAAAAAACAUUAGGCAGUUUUAUUUGUAUAUAGCUGUAGAUAGAGAGGACUGGAAACUGGAAGCAUUGGCUGAUUUGCUUGAAGAUAACAACCAUCCAUCUGCUAUCAUUUAUUGUAAUGAUAACCAAACUAUUGACAAUGUUAUGUACAAACUAUGUACUAAAAACUUAAAUGCUGUUGCACUGCACAACGAUAUGGGACCAAGUCAACACAAUGCCGCAUUAGCAAGAUUUAGAAAUGGUACUGACAGAGUACUGAUAACGACACAAGCACUAGCACUUCAAAGAGAUGUUCAUCAAGUCCCUUUGGCAAUCAAUUAUGACUUGCCAUCACGGCCGGAAAUUUACGUUCAAAGGAUUGCAUGCACUACCCCAUCUGGCUUUAGUCGUCCCGGCGUAGUCAUCAACUUUGUCACAUCAAGACCGCAGGACAUUAGCAAUCUCCGAGCAAUAGAGAGCUUUUGCAAAGUAAAGAUGCUCGAGAUGCGAGUAACCAGUGAUCUAGCAACUUUAUUCUGA